CAACCGCAUUCCAUAACUCCACCAGAUAAUGCCAAUACCCUGACGAACAACUCAUACUCUCUCCAUCAAGUCGAAUCAUAUCAAACUAUUUAAUAUUUAAUCCAACAUGACCAACUAUUUGAACGACCCUGCCCUCUAUAUUUACACCUCUCUGACAGCUGGCUCGUCCCACAUCGUCACGGCCACCUCACGUCUCGAGACCAUUCUACGCGCCAACCGAGUUCCCUUCAAAGCCAUCGAUAUUGCCGUCGACACCAAGGCUCGCUUGCUAUGGGGUCGAAGAGCUGGUAAAGACAAGAGCGGUCGCCCGAGGAAACUUCCUGCCCUGGUUCAGGAGGGCUGGGUUCUAGGAGUACGACAAACAUCCCCUUUAGUACUACCAUUCGUCGUAUAGCUGAUGCAUGUGGCUUUCUGUAGGAUAUUGUUGAAAUCGAAGAAUGGAACGAAUAUGGUGAGCUCAAGGAGCAUGUCACGAUUUACUUUGACGAAUUCACCAUCCCCUCCAUCAACGAUAAACUUCCCGAGCCCCCGCUAAAACGGCCCAUCGACCUCACCGGCGGCCUUCUUGCUUCCAUGACCCCUUCGCCUGUCGCCAAGGCUGUAGCAGCAGCAGCCGCCAGCGCUGCUGCUGCUCCAAAGCCUGCUCCUGCUGCGCCUCCGCUACCGGCAGCCAAGGCCGCCGCGUCUUCUGCGACACCGAAGACUUCUACAGAACCUAAGAAGGAAGAGAAGGCCCUACCUGUCCGAUCCGUCGCCGACGAAGCUGCGCAAAAGGCUAAGGAACUUCGCCUGAAGACUCUGCGAGAAAAGGUUCAUGGUAAGGAUGGUGCGAAGGCUAAGAAGGAGGACAGAAGCGCAAAGGACACUGGAAAAUCUAAGGAAUCAGAAACUCCUGCCGCAAAGACCGAUGGCAUUCAAUCACCAACAUCCGGUUCAUGGGCCGAGACUGAUGCAGGCCGAAACGCUAUUCAGAGCCCGACUAGUGGUACUUGGAAGGAAAGCGGUCCAGGAUCAAUCUCCUCCUUGAAACGAGCCAGUGUGGAGGUGAGCCCAGACGAGGCUAAGGCUGUGGAAGCUAAGACGGCCAUAAAGGAAGAGCCCGGAUUGGAAAAGAAGGCUGAGACAAAGUCGGACGAUGAUGACUCGGACGACGAUGAGGAUGAGACCGAAGAGGAGGAGGAGGAGGACACUGAUGAGGAUAGUGACGAGGACAGCGAAGAAGAUGAUGAAGACGAAACAGACGAUGAGGAAGAAGAAACUAAGAAGCCUGUGGUAACGCCAGAACCCGAGGCGGCAGCAGCAGCAGCAGCAGCAGCAGAAACUGCAGAAGCUGCCAAAGAUGACAAGCCUAAAGAAGAGUCCGAGAACACCAAGAAAGAGAUCAAGAAAGACUCUCACAAAGACUCGAAGAAAGACUCUAAAAAGGACCACAAGAAAGAUGUCAAGAAAGACACCAAGAAGUCAGUCAAGAAGGAUCCUAAGAAGGACACCAAGAAAGACGUGAAGAAAGACCCCAAGAAGGAUUCCAAGAAGGAUACUAAGAAGGACUCUAAAAAGGAUACCAAGAAAGACACUAAGAAAGAAGUCAAGAAGGAUGCCAAGAAAUAAGAGCGAUUUGGAGCAGAACGAAUCAAGAAUUUUGCUUCAAUGUUCUAGUCAGAUGGGGGGAAUAAUAGUGUACAGAGUCUAGUCACACUCAACCGAUAUACCACCAUGACAUUAAUAACAAGAAAUACCCAAUCUCCCCUCAAACACUCAAUAUACAAAAAUGCUAUAUAAUGCCGUAAUGUUCCAUCCCCAACUAAU